AGUUUAAAGUUCAUACCAGACAAAACAAAUCUGCUCUUUAUUACAUAAAAACAACCUCGGAACAGCUUUAUUUUCAAAACGUAUGACGGAUAUAAUACCAUUUAUAUUAAAGUAGCGAGCAUUAUGUAAUUGUAGUAAUUUUUACUUUAUAGUUAAUGUAUAUGGUUUUGUUGUGCUACUUUAGAGAGACAAAUUUUUAUGCACGAUAUGUUCCGGGUUUCAUAUGUUUAAGUCGUCAUUUAACAUAUGUGUUACAUAUACAUGUAAUUGCCUCUGAUCUUUUUGGGGAAUUUUCAAUGAUUUAAAAAGUUAUUUUCGUCAUAACUUCUACGCAUACAGUUUAGAUGUUAUUCUUAAAAGGGUUUGACUAUGUAAAAGGAUAAUUUGUGAGAUGGAAGUUUGACUGUUUAUUGCUAAGAAAACAAACAGAGUAAUCAAAACAAUGACCGAGCAAAAUAUCAUCACACCAAAAUGCGACAAACAUCCUGAGGAAGUGGCACAAGUUCUUUGUCGUCGCCAUCGUAAAUUACUCUGUGUAAGUUGUGCGCUUGAACGGGCAACCGCCUCAGAAUGUUCUAUCAUUGAAAUUCGGAAGCUGUCCACAGAACGAGAUAUUUUGUUACAAGAAAGUCUAGCUGUCAAGCAAUUAGCAGAAAAUAAGAAAGAAUUAGUGGACAGACAUGAAUCACAUAUUGAAAGCAUGAAAAGUAGUUUAGAACAACAAGUGUUAGAUGUGCAUUUCAGACUUACAAAGCGCAUUGACAGACUUAAAGAUAAUUGCCUUAAGUCUAUUGAAACAACGACUGGAGCUAUUUCAAAAAGAAAUAAACAAUUCAAACAAAAGCUUACAGCAAUUGAAAACACUGCAAUACAAAAUAUUGAUAAACUUUCGGGUAAUUCCACAAAAGAAAUUGACAAUAUAAUUUCCAGUCUGGAGGAAGUAAAAGAAGUCUUAAUAAACCAAAUUCCAAACGAAGAUUCGCGUCCAGAAGGAAAUUUCAAACCAAAUAAUUUCCUUUGCAGUUCAGUGUUAAACGAGGACACUUCUCUUGGCCAAGUAAUUAUAAAAGAUGGCGAUGGCUAUGAAACUGUCGAAGAGUUUCCAAAAGUUUACUCCGAGGAUAAAGCACAAGAGACUUUUAAUGGUAAACAUAUAGAUUCAAGCGAAACUACAAGCAAAAGUCCAUACGAAAGGCCUCCAUAUUGUGUACAAUUCUCUUCAGAUGAAGCUGGCCAAUCGCAUGACACUGAAGAGGACUAUCUUCACCCUUUUGGCUUAUCAAACGAGGAAAAGGUGUGUUGCGUAAGAAGUGAUGGCAAGAACAAAACUGAUCUUAUCCCGAGACAUAAAAGUGAAAAAGCAACUGAUGUAAAGCAAAUCUGCAAAAAUCUGCCUGAAGAGAGAAAAACAAAGUCUCUUUUUGGACGGAUUUUUUCGAACACUGAGAAACCUAAUUCACAAAAAGAGUUGGAAACUGGUGGAAUUAAAGACAAAACACAUCACGUGGACAAUUACUGCUCACUUUCAACUCGCAAAACCGAAAAUAUAUAUAAUAGAAUUGAACUUGAUUCUUCGUGUUCAAUCACAGCCGAGUUCUUUAUGAACACCACAGUAUCCAUUCCUGCCAUAAGGCCACAUUUUAAAUCUGCAUGUAAGUUCUGCAAGCUUGUUUACCUUGGAGGUAGUCUUAUAGGAAUGCUGUCAAAGGUCCAUAACUCUCUUGUCAUAAUUGGUUUAGAUGGAUUAGCACACAACAGGAGAACCAUGUUAGGUGGUUUGAUUAACAUAGCGGCUGUUGGAAAAGAUCACGUAGCUCUUUUGAUCGAAAAUGGACACCGGGUCUGUAUAGUGGAUGUAACUAGUGUUGGAUGUUCAACUGUCAAUUGCUUUUCAGUACAUAAACAUUUUCAAAACAUUACCGGAUUCGAUUUCGACACAUCUUCGUCAUCGUUUGCUCUAAGUUCGCUAAACAAACUUGCUAUUCUCGAUAAGACAGGAAAGGUGUUGAUAUCACAUUCUUAUAGCUCAUCAGCGACCGGUUCAAAUGAAAUAACAUCCGUGUAUGAUUUCAAUAAAAGAUGCCUGUAUAUAUUAAACAUUGAAAACAGAACACUGAAAUGCUUACAAUUUAACGAAAGGGACAUAAAUGUACUUUGGAAGUGUAAAUAUGAAGAUAUAAGUUUCAUACCAAGAAGUAUGUGUUUAUAUAAUGAUACUAUUUGUAUUGCCUGCAGAGAUGUCAUUAUCCAGCUGUUUGCUGAAGAUGGGUCACUUUUCAUGAAACAUGAUGCUAAAGAUCUUUUAGAAGACUGUCUUGGUGUUUGCGUCAUCGAUGACGUAAUUGUGUUCACAUCGAAUUCGAACGAUUUCGAGAAAUCAACGAAGCUUGCAUAUAGAAAGUUAUUAUAAAUCAUUUUAAUCGUCCUCUUUACCGUAUAUUGAGUAUACGGAAUGUGUACCGUGGUUUCCGACAUGAAAUAGAGUCUGGACCUUGAUGGAGUACAAUAUAAAAGUAGAAUCUCACUGUUGUCGUACGGAACUGCUUAAAUUCAAUUCAUACAUGUAUCACAUAUUGUCUUUGUUUAGUUGUAACAAAGAGAAUACAAUGUAUAUAUGUGAUUGUUUAAUUAACAUUUACAGUUCAGUUUCUAUGAGUAGUUUAUCUCUAGAUAAUAGGGAUUUUUUUUACAUAUUUUGACAUCUUUUUGGUAAUUUACGUGGAUUUUAAGUGCUAUUUGCAUUGUGUAAAUUACUUUUAUUGUUCACAAUAUUUUACUUUAAAAUACAUUAUCAGAUUUUGUCAUGAAAAUAAGAAUGAAUCUUGAGGUAUCAUAAAAUAUGAUUGUUUAGUUGUAACAAUGUGUCAUUGCUUAGUUUUUAAAGCGAUAGUUAAUGUCGUUAUUUAUUUGUAACAGUGAUAGUUUUAUGUCAUUAUUUAGUUCUAACAGUGAUAGUUUAUUUGGUUGUUUAGUUCUAACAGUGAUAGUUUAUGUGAUUUCUUAGUUCUAACAACGAUACAUAUAGUUUAUGUCAUUGUUUAUUUGUAACAUUGAUAGUUGAUGUGCAUGGUUGUUUAAUUCUAACAGGGAUAGUUUAGGGGGUUAAGCGGCUGUUUAGUUUUAACUGUGAUAGCAUAAUUUGAUAGUAUAGUUGUACAGAACACUGAAAAUUUAUGUGAUAUUUUAGUCGUAACAAAUUGCCUGGUUGUAACAAUGAGGAAAGAAAGUGAACAUGAGAAGAUAACACAUUAAUUAUACUUGCAUAAAAUGCACAUAUCUUAAUCAAAUUAGUAUAAUGUUUUAUUAGCCAAUAAAACUAUCUAAUAUGAUAACAUGUUUCAAAAUCAUGUCUUUUUAAUUCUUUGUAAUAUACAGGUAAAAGCAAGCGCUUUGUACCUUUCAAAAAUUCUGAACAAGCAUGAUAUCAAUAAUUAUUGUAUUUUGUUGUUGAUUUUUGUUUGUUUGUUCGUUUUUAUUUUGUUUUGUCGUAUAAAAAACCCAGAUGCACAUACAUUUACGUAACCAAUAUCUACUUUUUAUCCCUUUGUUAUGUUCUGAAUUGUAUCAUUUGAAAGAUAAAACUGACAGAGAAAUAAAGCGUGGUUGAAAAUACACGACCGAGUAUCAUAUCACCCUUUCAAAAUCUAAAUACAUGCAACUUGUAUUAAAAGCGGAUAUUAAAUGCGCAAAAUACACAAUAAGACAUAAUGCUCGAUCUAUCAAACAAAAGGGUGGGGAAAUACAUAG